AUGACCAACCACCCAGUCCUCAUCAAUCUCAUUAUGGCCCUCUCCUAUAUCCUCCCCAUCCUAAUCGCAGUAGCCUUCCUCACACUAGUAGAGCGCAAAAUCCUAGGCUACAUACAAGGCCGAAAAGGCCCAAACAUCGUCGGUCCAUUCGGCCUACUCCAACCCCUAGCAGACGGUGUAAAACUAUUCAUUAAAGAACCCAUCCGCCCAUCGACAUCCUCCCCAAUCCUCUUCAUCUCGACCCCCGUACUAGCCCUACUUCUCGCAAUCUCAGUCUGAACACCCUUGCCACUACCAUUCUCCCUAGCAGACCUAAACCUGGGCCUAUUAUUCCUCCUAGCCAUAUCAAGUCUAGCAGUGUACUCUAUCCUAUGGUCCGGCUGAGCCUCCAACUCGAAAUACGCCCUAAUCGGAGCACUACGAGCCGUCGCCCAAACCAUCUCCUAUGAAGUCACCUUGGCAAUCAUCCUCCUAUCUGUCAUUAUCCUCAGCGGGAACUACACCCUGAGCACUCUAGCAACCACCCAAGAACCCCUCUACCUUAUCUUCUCCUGCUGACCUCUUGCCAUGAUGUGAUACAUCUCCACACUAGCUGAGACAAACCGUGCCCCAUUUGACCUGACAGAGGGAGAGUCAGAAUUAGUCUCAGGAUUUAACGUAGAAUACGCCGCAGGACCCUUCGCCCUAUUCUUCCUAGCCGAAUACGCUAACAUCAUACUCAUAAAUACACUAACCGCUAUUAUAUUCUUCAACCCAAGCCUGUGAAACCCCCCACAAGAGCUAUUCCCAGCAGUGCUCGCCACAAAGGUCCUCCUCUUAUCAGCAGGAUUCCUUUGAGUCCGUGCCUCCUACCCUCGAUUCCGCUAUGAUCAGCUAAUGCACCUUCUAUGAAAAAACUUCCUACCACUGACACUAGCCCUGUGCCUAUGACACACUAGCCUACCAAUCUGCUAUGCAGGCUUACCCCCCUACCUAAGA